AUGCGUGCAGCCUUGCGAACCAAGUGCAACAUUGCGAGCGAGACUGGAUCGUGCUUUAUUGGCAGUAAGGGGAUCACGGCGGAGUAAGACUGACAUCAGAGAAUGGCUACCUUUUCAGAAUCUGGUUUCCAAGAGGCUGAGUUGGUCCUGCAUUCAAGUAGCGCCGAUAUUCAGGAUCAGACACAAGAUCGGGAAGUACAGCAGCUACAUGAUGAUGUGGAGAUGAAAAGUAAUGGCUCAAGUGGAACUGAUUCAAAUGUGAAUGAAUUUUCAGAAAGCUCAAGCAGUAGUGCUAGUCAAAAUGGAAAAGAUUCAGCUCUACUUUUGGAUUCAUUAGAGAGUAGCAAAAGUACUAAUACAAAGAAAAGAAAACGAAGAUUUGAUGAAGUAUAUAUCCGAAAUAAGAGGCGUCCUUUCAUGCCUCUGUCAUUUGAAAAAUGUAAUCCUACUGACAGUUCCAACUCCCAGAGCCUGUCCCUUCGCAGCAGCUCAAAUGGAUUCAGUCUCAUUAGUGCUAGCUCAGAACAAGACAAUCCCUCAACAAGUGGUUGCAGUAGUGAUCAAUCUGCUAAAGCAAAGACACAGAAAGAGUUGAUAAAAGCCCUAAGUGUCUUAAAAAGACACCUUCCAUCUGAUAAGAUGACUAAAGGAAAAUCCAGGACACUUUCUACACUGAAGUAUGCACUACGAUGUGUAAAACAAGUCAGAGCUAAUGAAGAAUAUUACAAGUUUCGAAUGAAUGAUAACUCUGAACCAAGUAGCUUGAGUAUAAACUCCUUCACCAUUGAUGAGGUCGAGAACAUCACAUCUGAAUAUACAUUGAAAAAUACUGAUAUCUUCGCUGUAACUGUUUCUCUGAUUACGGGACAGAUUGUAUACAUCUCUGACCAAGCCUCCUCAGUUCUGAAUUGCAAUAAAGAUGUCUUCAAAAAUGUCAAGUUCACAGAGCUCCUUGCUCCACAAGAUGUUGGAGUUUUCUACAGCUUUACAAAGCCAUCUCAGCUGCCUCUGUGGAGUGUGUGCACAGCUGCUGAUUCAUCACCACCGGACUGCAUGCAAGAGAAGUCUUUCUUUUGCCGUAUUAGUGGAGAUCGACAGCGAGGUCACAGCAUCCAUUACUAUCCCUUUCGUAUGACAACUUACCUCACAAAGGUGCGGUUAUCUGAAGAUGAUGAUGACCAACUCUGCUGUCUGUUGCUUGCUGAAAGAGUGCAUUCAGGCUAUGAAGCACCAAGAAUUCCUCAUGAUAAGAGAGUUUUUACCACGACACACACUCCCAGCUGCGUAUUCCAGGAUGUUGAUGAGAGGGCUGUUCCUUUGUUGGGUUACUUGCCUCAAGAUCUAAUUGGAAUGCCUGUGCUGAUGCAUCUGCAUCCAGAUGAUCAACCUUUGAUGCUAGGCAUUCAUAAGAAAAUACUGAAACACGCUGGACAACCAUUUGAACAUUCACCUCUCCGAUUCUGCUCUCAGAAUGGUGAAUACAUCACCAUUGAUACCAGUUGGUCAAGCUUUGUUAAUCCAUGGAGCAGAAAAGUGUCCUUCAUAAUUGGAAGGCACAAAGUCAGAACGGGACCAUUGAAUGAAGAUGUAUUUGCUAAUCCGGGAAUUACUGAAACAAAGACGCUCAGUCCUGAAAUCCAGACAAUCACUGAGCAAAUUCGUCAGCUUUUGCUACAGCCAGUUUACAAUAAUGGUUCCAGUGGAUAUGGAAGUUUGGGAAGUAAUGGAUCCCAUGCACAGUUCAUGAGUGUAGCCUCUUCCAGUGAUAGCAGUGGUAACAUUAAUGAAGAAAGUCACUGGAAUAAGCCUAUGACGUUUCAGAAAAUUUGUAAGGAUGUGCAUUUGGUCAAAAAUCAAGGACAAGCCAUGUUCAUUGAGAACAGAGGAAAGAGUGAAUCAAAACGCAGACACAAAAGCGUAACACAACAAAAAGAAACUUGUGGCCAGAGCAAAGACUUUAAAGCCAGCUCAUCCAAGGGUGCUGCACCCAGCAAUGCAGUAAAAAACAUGCUGUCGGAUGAUACAAGAUGCAAGGAACAGCCAGUAUAUUGUUAUCAGCAAAUAAACUGCUUGGACAGUGUAAUAAGGUAUUUGGACAGCUACAAUAUUCCAAGCUCUGUGAAAAGGAAAUGUGAAUCUUCAUCAGCAUCUGAUGAUGAUAAAGAAAAAAAUAACAUACAGGUUUCUAAAGAGGCACCACCGUUACCGCAACAGUCUGUCCGAGUUCCUUUUAAAGUUGCAAAGGAGGUCUCCACUGGAACGGUUGUUGGCACUUCCUUAACACCACUCUCCUUACCAAGAAAGGCAGCAAGUGUCACCAGCCAGUGCAGUUACAGCAGUACUAUUGUCCACGUGGGAGACAAGAAACUACAAGCAGAUGCAGAAAUCUUGUUGGAGGAUGGGCUUGGUACUACUGACUCUGCGGAGAACAUGACAUCUACUACAUUGGUCACCGCUGUGCCUUCUGUGAGCCAGGAAAAGGAACCAUACAAGAAACUUGGCCUCACCAAAGAGGUUUUGGCUGCUCACACUCAAAAGGAAGAACAGAUAUUUUUGAGCAAGUUCAAGGAGCUAAGCAAACUAAAAACAAUAGAGACUUCCUGCAAAUCCUACUUAGAAGAUCAGUACAAAGGUUGUUCAGGAGAUUGUGGCUCUCAAGGAUUCAAACCUGGAUGGAAUCAUGCUGAACCUGUGUACAAAAAAGGCGGAAAGAAUAAGAAGCUGAAAUCGAAACGAAUCAAACAGCAAGAAUUGUCUGACAGUGCUCCGUCUCACACCAACCAUCAUACACCAUCUUCCUGGUCCCCGUCCACUGUCUCUCAGAGUAGAUAUUCAGCUUUACCAUUUACAACAGUUUUGCCACCCUGUCAGCUGCCAGUAUUUUCUCCCCGUGGAGGAAUGCCUCCUACCACUGACCCUUCUCUGUCCAGUUUUGAAAAUGCCCAGGGUGUUCACUGUACCACACAGCCUCCAGCAUACUCUGCACCCCUGGUAACCCCUAUGGUAGCAUUUGUGCUUCCUAAUUACAUGCUGCCUCAGAUGAAUGACAGUGUGCACCAGCCCUUCUUUGCAAGUCAGGCACCAUUCCCUUCACAAUCUGCCUUUUUACCACAGACGCCAUUUCCUGCACAGACUUCAUUCCAGUCUCAGCCACAGUUUGCAUCACAACAUUAUGAUCCACCAGGAGAAGGUGAGAAGGCAGCUGCACCAGAAUCUCGAGGUGCCCCAUCGUGUUGCUGUACUCCACAGUCAGUAGGCCCUCAAGGCCACAGUUCCCCUCCAUUAUUCCAGUCCAGGUGCAGUUCGCCUUUACAGCUAAAUCUGCUGCAGCUGGAAGAAAUGCCCAAAUCAUCAGAAGGAAUUGCAGUUGUUGGACUUGUAGGUGGAAGUGGAUCAAUGGUUGAUGGAGGAGGGAUGAACAAUACUCCCAAUAUUGCGAAUGUGGACAUUGUAAAAGAUGAAGCAGAACUGGCUGUAUCACCUGAUGAACCUCAGAACAGUGAUGCUCACUCCACUUCCACUGAUCUUUUGGAUCUAUUACUUCAGGAUUCACUAUCAGGCACUGGAUCUGCAGGCUCGGGGAGUGCCAGAUCAACAGCCUCAGGCUCUUCAGGCUCUCCUUCGAAUGGGUGUGGAAUGUCAGGAACUGACACAGGAAGCAGUCAUCUAAGCAACACCAGUAAAUAUUUUGGAAGCAUUGAUUCCUCGGAGAAUGAUCACAAGUCAAAACUCGGAAACUCCAAGAAGACUGACCACCUCGCUAAUUGUGUACUCCAGGACCCAGUCUGGCUCUCAAUGGCAAAUAUAGAUGAAAGAACAAUGAUGACCUACCAACUUCCAUCCAGGGACAUUGAAACUGUUUUAAAAGAAGACCGAGAAAAGCUGAAAAUGAUGCAGAGAAAUCAACCGAAAUUCACAGAGGAUCAAAAAAAAGAACUCUACGAGGUUUUCCCUUGGUUUAAGACAAAUAUACUGCUAAAAACCUUUGAUAACACAGAUUUGGCUUGCUGGGGGAAAAAUGCAUCACAAAGCAACUCAACAAUAUUCGAUGCGGAAAUCCAUAAUCUAGAAUUGAAUGGGUUGAUGGAACCAAGCCACAAUGUUGGCUAUCCACCCUUGAACUUUCCAAUUGAAGAGCAAAAACGUGCAGAAAUAGCAACCUCUAAUCUAGCAGUAGCAACAACCACAUUUGGAAACUCUGCAAGUUGAAAGUGUUUUGACUUUGUAAACAAACUUCUACUGAAUAGUUAUGAA